GGGGAAGAAGGGAUAAUUCUUUUAAAAUAAAUAAUUUGAUAGCUUGAGAGAGGGAAAUUAGGGCGAGGAGUUGUAAUUUGUAGAAAGAAGAAAAUGGCAGAGAGUGAGGUGAAAAGGGGAACGGUGAAAUGGUUUAGCCAUGAAAAGGGUUUUGGGUUUAUAACUCCUGAAGAUGGAAGCGAAGAUCUGUUUGUUCAUCAAUCAGCCAUCAAAUCUGAGGGUUUCCGCAGCCUCGGCGACGGUGAGGCGGUCGAGUACAUUGUCGAGUACGGCAGUGACGGCCGCGCCAAGGCCGCCAACGUCACUGGACCCGACGGCGCUUCUGUCCAGGGCAGCACCCGGGGAUCUUACGGCGGAAGAAGCGGCGGUUAUGGAGGAUACAAUGGUGGAAGCAGAGGAGGCAGCCGCGGUUAUGGAGGCGGUGGAGGAGGAGGUAGUGGUUGUUUCAGGUGCGGGGACACUGGGCAUAUGGAUAGUCAUUGCCCAGAGGGAGGUGGUGGAAGAUAUGGAGGCGGAGGCGGAGGGGGAGGGGGUUGUUAUAAUUGCGGUGAGGCGGGGCAUUUUGCUCGUGACUGCCCCCGAGACAACCGCUGAGCUAACUGGGGAUGCUGUGUCCUUUCUCUAGUGUUUUGCGUCCGUUUUUGCUAUUUUAGGUUCUCUGAUGAGGUGAACCAUAUGUU